UUUGUUUUCCAGAUAGAUAGAGAGAAAUGGGAGAAUCAUCAUCUUCCUCCCACAAGAAGAUUUAAUUACUUGAUGUAAGAAAAUAACCAGACAGGCAGACAACAGCUUUAUCAAAUCAAAUCAAAUCCGAUUGUUAGAGUAAGAUAUGGAAUCAGAAGCUGGUCCUUGUAGUCCUCGAGGUCCUCCUCCUCAGUUAUCAUGGAGGAACCUAUCAAGAAAUUUACUGUUGGCGUACCAGAGCUUUGGUGUAGUUUAUGGAGAUUUGAGUACUUCCCCUCUCUACGUUUAUACAAGCACUUUUGUCGGGAAGCUACAGGAUCAUCGCAAUGAAGAUACAAUAUUUGGCGCAUUCUCUUUGAUCUUCUGGACCCUUACGUUGAUCCCUUUGCUCAAGUACAUAUUCAUCUUAUUAAGUGCGGAUGAUAAUGGUGAAGGUGGAGUGUUUGCUCUUUACUCACUUCUCUGCAGGCAUGCUAGGCUUAGUCUACUUCCCAAUCAACAAGCAGCUGAUGAGGAGUUGACGGCAUACAAAUAUGGGCCAUCAGCACAGAUAGCAUCUUCUCCAAUGAAAAGGUUCUUUGAAAAGCACAAAAGACUUAGAACAGCUCUAUUGAUUGUGGUAUUAUGCGGUGCUUGUAUGGUUAUAGGCGAUGGCGUGCUUACUCCAGCAAUUUCAGUUCUAUCAUCUGUUUCCGGACUACAGGUUACAGACAAGAAAUUCCCAAAUGAGGCUGUCAUUUUGCUUGCGUGCAUUAUAUUAGUGGGACUGUUUGCUCUGCAACAUUGUGGCACCCACAAGGUGGCUUUUCUGUUUGCACCAAUUGUUGUCAUUUGGUUGAUAUCAAUAUUUGGGAUAGGCCUAUACAAUACUAUAUAUUGGAAUCCUAAGAUUGUGUUUGCACUAUCUCCACACUAUAUCAUCAAGUUCUUCAGAGAGACAGGCAAAGAUGGUUGGAUUGCCCUCGGGGGGAUUCUUCUUUCGAUUACUGGUACUGAAGCUAUGUUUGCAGAUCUUGGACAUUUCACUGCCUUGUCGAUAAGGCUUGCUUUUGCAUUAGUUGUGUACCCGUGCUUGGUAGUGCAAUACAUGGGCCAGGCUGCUUUUCUAUCUAAAAACCCGUCAUCUAUUCCGACAAGUUUCUAUGACUCGAUUCCAAAGACUUUAUUUUGGCCGGUCUUCGUGAUUGCCACCUUAGCAGCCAUCGUUGGGAGUCAAGCAGUCAUCACAGCUACCUUUUCUAUUAUCAAACAGUGCAAUGCCCUUGGUUGCUUCCCACGAGUUAAGAUUGUUCACACCUCAAAACACAUGUUUGGGCAGAUAUACAUUCCAGAAAUAAAUUGGAUUCUCAUGAUAAUUUGUCUUGCUGUGACUAUUGGAUUCCGAGAUACAACCAUGAUUGGAAAUGCUUAUGGCAUUGCUUGCAUAACUGUUAUGUUUGUCUCAACCUGUCUCACAACGCUAGUCAUCAUUUUCGUAUGGCAGAAAAGUAUAUUUUUUGCUGCAGCAUUUUUGCUCUUAUUUGGAUCAAUCGAGGGAGUUUACCUAUCUUCUUCAUUCACUAAAGUUCCUCAGGGAGGUUGGCUACCACUUGUACUUUCUUUUAUUUUUAUGGGAAUCAUGUACAUCUGGCACUAUGGAACUCGCAAGAAGUACAACUUUGAUCUUCAUAACAAGGUUUCUUUGAAGUGGCUUCUCGCUCUCGGUCCCAGUCUUGGGAUUGUCCGCGUGCCUGGGAUAGGUCUCAUCUACUCAGAACUGGCUACAGGCGUCCCAGCGAUCUUUUCCCAUUUUGUUACUAAUCUCCCGGCAUUUCACAAGGUUUUAGUGUUUGUUUGCGUAAAGUCAGUACCAGUUCCGUAUGUAUCAGCCGAAGAAAGGUUCCUCAUUGGCAGGGUCUGCCCUAGGCCUUACAGAAUGUACCGUUGCAUUGUGAGGUAUGGAUACAAGGAUAUCCAACGGGACAAUGGAGACUUCGAGAACCAGCUCAUACAGAGCAUUGCAGAGUUCAUCCAGAUGGAAGCAGAUGAAUCUCAGUUCUCGAGCUCCGAGUCUCCAUCACUGGAUGGGAGGAUGGCGGUUAUCAGCACCAGACCUGUCCAAUCAACUUCAAGUUUAAUAGUUUCUGAGCAAAUGAACUUUGAGAUUAGUGAGUCCAUUCAAAGCAGCAAAUCCUCAACCCUUCAGAGCUUAAGAUCCGCAUAUGAGGAAGAGAACCCGUCUAUCAGGAGGAGAGUGAGAUUCCAGUUACCACAGAGCCCAGGUAUGGAUCCUUCUGUGAGGGAAGAACUGACGGAUUUGAUACAAGCGAAAGAAGCAGGGGUAGCAUAUAUAAUGGGACACUCUUAUGUAAAGGCUCGAAGGUCGUCAUCAUUCUUGAAGAAAGCAGUAAUUGAUAUUGGGUAUUCAUUUCUUCGCAAGAACUGCAGGGGCCCUUCGGUGGCGCUGAACAUUCCUCACAUCAGCCUUAUUGAAGUAGGAAUGAUUUACUAUGUGUAGUUGUAGAAUGAAUAAGAUGGACAAAGGUACACUCAUUGUAGAAUUUUAUAUAAGUGAGACCCUCAAUGCGAGGGUGUGAGGCAAAAGAAUCAGUCAUUGUUGUUGAUGGGCAUGUGAACCAACAAAAAGGGAGAAUCUAGUUGCGGACAAGGAGCAAUAGAUACUCGGAUGUAGUUUACAGGUGGCCGUUCAGCUUCUCUUUUAUCCUUUAAAAUGAACAUGAAUGUACAGAACAUAACUCCACAAGCAAUGCCCAUGGCUGAGUCCCUAUUUAUUUAUUAAUUUUAAUUUUUAGAAUCCUUGGUUUGGCAGACCUACUGUCAAACUAAUCCACAGGUCUAGCGGAUCCAGAGUGACCUUUGGGGAGCCAUAACUCACAUUUGGGCUUACAGCCUUACCGACCUUUCAAGGUUUGCCUGUAUUUAUCUCCAUGACAACAAGUACGUCAUAACAUAAAUGGCAUAUUACAGCUCUUCUGGUGG